AUGAAUCUCUCGAUGAGAACCUUUGUUCUAUCUUUCAUCUUGUUAUGUGCCACUGCAUGGGCUCAAGAAUCUUUGUCUCUACGUAUUCGUGAGACGCAAGACCUAUUGCUAAGCCAAGGCCCUACAAGCUCGGUCCUAGAUCUGUAUGACUCGCUAGUCGCAGAUAUAGAACUGGCGGAAGAAAAACUUGAUAUGGCUGUAAUUGCUCAGGUGUACUAUAAAAAGGCAUUGGUGGAACUCAGCUUGAGCAAAAUUCUGCCUGCGGUAUCCGACUUAAUCAAAACAUUAGAUUACGAUCCUACCUUGGCGCCUGCAUCUCUGAAACUCCUUGAACUAUUGUUGGAGAGAGGUCAAUUUGGCGAAAUCAGACUGCGGUUUUCUACAAAAGAUGCACCAGAUGUCUUUGCAAAAAUGGAUAUGUGGACUCAGCAGUAUGAAAAGGUGGAACAAUAUCUUGCUGAUAAAUCCAGAAUGAGCCCAGAAGAAUGUUUAGAAGUUGUCAAUCAAUAUUUGAUCCCGGUUACACCUCUUUUUCACUCCGUUUAUAAUCUUCAUUUGCAGUGCAGCAAAAAGCGAGUUGCAACUCUCUUGGGAAAAGAUGGGGAUUCUGCUGAUUUAUACUUUAAGGAUAUCAUUGGCGACUAUUCCAAGAUUUUAAAGUUGCAACCACAAAAGAAUCUAGAGCUCUACAAUGAAUUUGCCCAAUACGCAUUAUUUACUGAGAAUUUGUUUCUGGAAAGUUGGAAUGUCGUGAAAAGCUGCUUGCGUAUCAAUAACGACUUCAAAUCAUGUGCUGAUCUUCUGAAGACUUUUUCAAGGCUUCAAGGAAUAUUUAAACCAUUGGAAGAGUAUUCACAGGUGUCUGAAAUGUUGUACUUUGUAAAGGAAGAUCUCAGAGACAAAGUGGAGGCUCUUGAAAUGGAUGAUCUUGAUUACAAAGACAUUUACAAUAUUUUUGAGAGCCCAGUUAAACUUCCCAAGAGAGAGGCAGCCAAACUACCUCGUUCAGUAAAAUCAUCCUAUGACUACCUCAUUUGGAAGGCGCAGCAAUUUGCGCAGUCUGAAUUCCAUGACCAGACCACUUCUUCGGCUUUGAAAUUUGUUCAAGACCUUAACAAAUUUGCCUGUGAGGCUGGAGUUCGGAGUGGGCACGCUAAAAAUAAGUUUUGCAAAUUGGUCAACGAGAAUGAAGGCCUUUUUUUGCCUAAGCACUUGGCCAAGAUUGAUGAACUUUUGCAAAAGAAUAAAUUUAGCGAGGCAAAAGAGCUCUUGUUGAAAUUCAAUAAAAAUGUGCGCAGAACAGCUUUGUUCAAAGAGAGGUGGCUGGCUAUUGAAAGAUUCCAACAGCGCCAGCAACAUCAGCACCAGCAACAACAAUUCCAUAGACAGCAGCAACAAAGGCAAAGACAACGACAACAACGUCAUGAACCACAGCAUCAGCAUGAUCCGAGCAAAGAUUAUUACAAGAUCUUAGAUAUUCCAAAGGAUGCUGACGAGAAAACGAUCAAAAAAGGCUACAGAACACAGACCCUCAAAUAUCAUCCUGACAAGUAUAAAGGGAAGGAUCUUUCCGAAAAGGAGAUUGAAACUAAAAUGCAAGAAAUCAAUGAAGCUUAUGAGGUUUUAUCUAACCCCCAAUCAAAGGCUGAUUACGAUAACCGUAAUCACAGACCUCAAGGGUCUGGCAGACAUGGUCUGCGUAAUAACGGCGGGCGGGAAUUCGUGAACGUUCAAUUCAACCCACAAGACUUCUUCAGACAGCAGGGCUUCCAUUUUGAGUUCUAA